UUUUGCCCCUUCCAGCUUUAUCAUUCCAGGGUUCGAUGACCAAGUCACCUGGGCAAGGCACAGUGGUGGUGAUGGCCCCCACAUCUUUUGUCUGGGGACUUAGAGAGGGAAGAGCUGAAAGCUGCUAACACACCUUUCUUCCUUUAGUCUUGGGGGUGUGAACAGGGCCAGGCUGAGACACGAAAGUUAAAAAUAUAAAUGGUGAUAAGCAGAAUUACCCUAUCAGCCAUUCCUUCUCCAAAAGCCCUUCUCUACUCAUUAUUUUCUUCUCUUUUUUUUUUUUUUUUUUGAGAUGGAGUCUCACUCUGUCACCCAGGCUGGAGUGCAGUGGUGCAAUCUCAGCUUGAUGCAACCUCUGCCUCCUGAGUUCAAGCAAUUCUCCUGCCUCAGCCUCCUGAGUAGCUGGGAUUAUAGGCGCCCGCCACCAUACCCGGCUAGUUUUUAUAUUUUUAGUAUAGGUGGGGUUUCACCAUGUUGGCCAGGCUGGUCUUGAAUUCCUGACCUAAGAUGAUACACCUGCCUUGGCCUCCCAAAGUGCUGGGAUUACAGGUGUGAGCAUCUCACCCGGCCUCAUUAUCUUUUUUAAUCACAAAACUUUCAGUGGAGAGGGAGCAGGGAGAGAGUGAGGGAAAUGGAGAGGAAGAGCAAGUUCUAUGGCAGCAGAGAUUUGAUAAAGUGAAGGUAAAACUACCAUUUGACUUGGACCUCAAUAUAAAUAAAGCAAGGUGUUGCAAAGUCAUUGCUGUCAAAGCACCUGGAUUGAAACACACAAAAAUGCUAUCAAACCAAGCAUGAGCAGAUCUUGGAGUUUUUUGAUUUUUUUUUUUUAUGAGUUUGUUUACAUUGUCAUAGUGCGCUAGUUUCCGGUGGACUCCUCAGUCCAGCAUUUGGUAGAAAUGAAGCUAUGGCCAUGUGCAGUGGCUCACGCCUGUAAUCCCAGCACUUUGGGAGGCUGAGGCGGGUGGAUCACGAGGUCAAGAGAUCGAGACCAUCCUGGCCAACAUGGUGAAACCCCGUCUCUACUAAAAAGACAAAAAUUAGCUGGGCGUGGUGGUACACACCUGUAGUCCCAGGUACUUGGGAGGCUGAGGCAGGAGAAUUGCUUGAACCCGGUAGGUGGAGGCUGCAGUGAGUCAAGACCACGCCACUGCACUCCAGCCUGGGUAACAGAGCAAGACUCUGUCUCAAAAAGAAAAAAAAAAGAAAAAAGAAAUGAAGCUAAAUAACAACCACUUUCCACUCAUACCCUCAUACCUUAGCUACUGUAAAGAGAACUGCCAUGAAACGCAAUACUUAGUUGAGUGCUAAGCAUGUGUGUCUGGGGCCAUGGGGCCAUGUUCUGAGACAUGUCUUGGAAAGAGUUCAGGGGAUAACAGGCAGGUUCAUUUAGAAGGUUAAGACCAGAGCGGAUGAAUUUAUAACAGUGAUAUCAGUGCAUGUCCCCAGAGUGACUUGCUCCAAAGCUCGUGCUACAGAUGUGUGCCUGAGUGACCAUAAGCUUGAGAAUGAGCUUCAGAAUCAGAGUGGCAGGAGACAUCAGAACGUUCCAGGAAGUGCUUAAGUCUUAAAAGCUCCAAUCCUAAAAUACCACCCCCAACCUCAACCUCCUGUUUUCUCUUUUUCAUUCCCUUGUGAACCUGCCCGGCAUCUAAUGUCACCCUCUUCUUCCUGAAAAAUCCACAUGCUUCAAUAAACAGUCUGCUCUGGGAUCUUUCCUUUUUACCCCUCUAUGCACUUCCCCAUGAAUGGUCUUCUUUAUUUCCAGAUCCAAGUGUCACACACUCUGACUCCAGGAUCUAUACCUCUGCUGAGGAGUCAGAUAACCUGUGCAGUGUCACGGCUACUGAGUAAGAGAACCAAGAUUCUAAACCCGAAAGUUCAGCUGCAGAGUCUGCAGGUUAAGUGUGUAUCUGUAGGAACAGUCUCUACCUCUUCCCUCUCACCUCCCCACCCUUCCCCCAUUAACUCCUGCAUUUACUCUUGGAGUCUUCUCCACACUCUGCCUCAUAGUCUUCCUCUCCACUCAGAAUCCUCCCUUUUCCUUCAGUGUUCACUGUGGUCAACCCAUGCAACACCCCUAGCCUUAGAAGUCAUUAACACCUGUCUUCACUGUCCUCAGUAUUCGGGGUACCAAUAUCCAUCACCCCACUGGCAUCAGUCAGAAUUACUCUAGAACUGCUUUUUUUUUUUUUUUUGAGAUGGAGUCUCGCUCUGCCGCCCAGGCUGGAGAGCAAUGGUGUGAUCUCAGCUCACUGCAACCUCUGCCUCCAGGGUUCGAGCGAUUCUCCUGCCUCAGCCACCCAAGUAGCUGAGAUUACAGGUGCCUGCCACCAUGCUCGGCUAAUUUUUAGUAGAGAUUGGGUUUCGACAUGUUUGCCAGGCUGGUCUUGAAUUCCUGACCUCAACUGAUCCUCCUGCCUCAGCCUCCCAAAGUGCUGGGAUUACAGGCACGAACCACUGCAAAUGGCCUAGAACUGCUGUUUCUGAAAUCCCAAACCUCUAUAUUCUACCUCUGACCCCAGCCUGCUUUUUAGCUCUCUGGCCCUCCUACAUUUCGUACGUCAUCUUUCUCUGCUCACAUAUAGCCCCUUGCUGUCUUCACUCCUCCCUUACCUAGUCUCCAGCCCAUUGUUCAGCCCCUGACCACUCUUUCUUUUCUUUUCUUUUUUUUUUGAAACGGCACCUCACUCUGUCUCCUAGGCUGGAGUGCAGUGGUGUGAUCUCAGCUCACUGCAGCCUCCGCUUCCCAGGUUCAAGUGAUUCUCCCACCUGAGCCUCCUGAGUAGCUGAGAUUACAGGUACCCACUGCCAUCCUGGCCAAUUUUUAGUAGAGAUGGGGUUUCAAUAUGUUGGCCAGGCUGGUCUCGAACUCCUGACCUCAGGUGAUCCUCCUGCCUCGGCCUUCCAAAGUGCUAGGAUUACAGGCGUGUGCCACCACACCUGGCUAAUUUUUGUAAUUUUGGGUAGAGACAGGGUUUCACCACUUUGCUAAGGCUGGUUUUGAAUCCCCGACCUCAGGUGAUCCACCUGCCUCAGCCUCCCAAAGUGGUGGGAUUACAGGCAUGAGCCACUGCACCCAGCCCCCUGAUCACUCUUUCAAUUCAUACCUUCAAUCAUCUAGAACCUUUGACCUUAAGUCUCAUCCACUGGCAAAACCUAAAAGUGAAUCAAUCAAAUUCUGUUCUUAACACCUUGAGAGCUUUUAGGAGAAUUGCAGCACUGUUUGGAUCAAUGCGACUACGAAUUUGUGGACUUGGUAAGGCCCUGCCCAUGCCCACUGGUCCUACCUGUCAGCCUUCUCCCCUCUCCACAAGUCAGCUUUGUCAAGCCUUUAUGGUCUCCUGAAGUGACUCUCCACCACCCAUUCUUGGUUUUGCCUUAAACUUAAAAAAACAAAACAAAACAAAGCCUACAAACUUGUCUUUAGAUGCUCUAAUCCUUGUCUCCUUUCCUGUUGUGUGAAUGGAAGAAGCAUCUCCCCUCCUGUCGGAGGUUAGUUCCUCUGACGUCUCCCAUUCUCUCUCACUGCCUAUGGACAUCCCCCGCUGAUUACAAUUCCCCUUUCCUUUAUAUUCUUUCUUUUUUUUCUUCUCUCUCUCCUUCCUUUUCUUUCCUUUCCCUUCCUUCCUACCUUUUUCUGUCGCCCAGGCUGGAGUGCAGUAGCAUGAUCUUGGCUCACUGCAGCCUCUGACCUCUUAGACUCAAGCAAUCCUCCCACCUCAGCCUCCUGAGUAGCUGAGACUACAGGCACAUGCCACCAUGCCUAGCUAAUUUUUGCAUUUUUAGUAGAGACAGGGUUCUACCAUGUUGCCCAGGCUGAUCUCAAACUCCUGGACUCAAGUGAUUCUCCUGCCUCAGCCUCCCAAAAUGCUGGGACUGCAGGCAUGAGUCACUGCACCUGGCCUCCUUUAUUUUCAACUUUCCAUUCUUACUAGCUCUUUCUUUUCUCUUUGUUUUGUUUUUGAGACGGAGUUUUGCUCUGUUCUCCAGGCUGGAGUACAGUGGCACGAUCUUGGCUCACUGCAAGCUCCGCCUCCUGGGUUCACUCCAUUCUCCUGCCUCAGCCUCCUGAGUAGCUGGGACUACAGGCGCCCGCCACCACGCCUGGCUAAUUUUUUGUACUUUUAGUAGAGAUAGGGUUUCACCAUGUUAGCCAGGAUGGUCUCGAACUCCUGACCUCGUGAUCUGCCUGCCUCGGCCUCCCAAAGUGCUGGGAUUACAGGCGUGAGCCACCGCGCCCGGUCUUACUGGCUCUUUCUACUCAGCAUGUAACUAUGCUUGUCUCUCCUAUAAUAAAAUACCUUUCUCAGUCUUGUGUCUUCCUCUUAUUAUCAUUACCUUACUUACUUUUAGAAGUAAAGUCCUCGGUUUUUCCAUUCUUCUUUUUUUAACCUACAGAAAUCUACCUUUUCUCAUUAUUCCUCUGAAAUAAACCUGCCUAGGUUAUCACUGUCUACAAGCUUUCCCUUAUAGGAAAGCUCCUCCCUGUAGUAUCUCACCAUGCUGAUCACUUUCUCCUUGAAACUCUGUCCUCUGCGUGUCCAUGAAUGACUCUCAUUUUUCUCUAACCUCUCCUUAUCAGUUUAUAUGUUAGGCUAUGUUCUCUCAGGAGCAAUUUGACAAGGAUUGAAUGCACACAGUUUACUUGGGAGGUGAUCCUAAGAAACACUGGCAGGGGAAUGGGGAGGUAGGGCAAGGAAAGGAAGGAAGACUGUAUGGGGAGUGCUAAUGAGCAGGUGUGGCUGUGGGCAACUGGGGUUCAGUUCCAUUGAGGAAACAUUGGGAGACCAUGGAAUGUACACCUCCAAGUGGUUCCACACGAGGAAUGAGUUGGGCUGUUUGAUCCAUUGUUGGGGAGGAAAAACUUUUCCUGCACUCUCUUAUGUUCAGUUCUGAGGGGCUGCACAUUUAACUGACAAGAGAAAAAACAUAUAUGCAUAUGGCACUGCACAAAAGAAGUGAUGAUGAUUUAUUUACCUAACUUAAUAGGGGAGGGGGGGGCAAAAAGGCUCCUAUGGGAAGAACAAAGGGGUUUCUAGGGAACAAACAGGAGAUAAGGAAGUUUGUGUUCACAGGGAAGUUGUUUAUGCAGGUGCACGUGGUUUUCUAUUUCAUGUCCAUAAACCCCUGGAGAGGGGAUGAAUGGCAACCUCACUCCCAGAAGAUUCUGCUUUUACUGAAAUAAAGGAAGCUUCAAGAAGGCUUCUUUUUGCCUCUAUUGAAUCUUACAUGUCUUUAGUUUAAAAUAAUCCUCAUGCCAAUUUUAGGGUUGAGAGUGCAUCCUCAAACCACCAAUUCCCCCAACAUCCCUGGAUGAAGGCUCUUCCUGGAGGUGUUGGCUCCUUGGUAAUUCCAGCCUGCCUUUCCUGCUGGCUGCUUCCUCCUUCUGUUGGAAAAAGCUUAGGCAGAGAGUUCAGGAACAAAUGCUGAGUGCCAAGGGGACGUAGGCUACUGCCUAUUUUUCUCUUCCCCUACUUGCUUAUUUAAUGUGGGUAUUCGCCAAGCUUCUUUCCCCCCGCCCCCCGCUUUUUCACACUCUUCAUUUUUGCCAGGUGAUCUUAUCAACUCUCAACUCUCAGUUACCUAAUGCUCUGAUGUCACGCAAAUCUACAUCCCUUCCCUUCUCAUGUCCCUCAAGGUCUAGACCUGUACACAGAACACACCUGCCUGUUGAGCGUCUUACCUUGGGUUGUCCACUGCAAACUCCAACAUAAAUAACAUUGGGGUUAUAGUCCCUCAAAUCCUGUUUAUUUUCUGUUAUUCCCCACCUCGUCUUGCUUUUCUAGAAAUCCAUUCUUCUCAUUGGGGCCAGGGGUCUUUCUAAAACACCUAUCCUACAAUAUGGCCAGGUACUAUUUUAGGUGGUAGGGAUACAGCAAUGAACAAAACAAGGUUCCUGCUUUCAUGAGCCUGAAUUCUAUAGCUAAAUAUAUAAAUACACAAUAAAGAAGAAAAAUAUCAGUGGUAAGUUCCAUGCAGACUGGGGAGCUACUUUAGAUUUGAGAGGUCAGGAAAGGUUUUGCUGAAGAGAAGACAUUAGGCUCAGAGCUGAAUGACACACCUUGAGUGGCACUCAGGAGACAUCCACACUUCCCAGAUGAAAAUCCUUUAGUGACUUCCCAAAGUUCUUGGGAUAUAAGUCCGAAUUUCACAGCAUGGCAGAGAAGGUCUUCUGGCAUCUGGCCAGUUGUCUUCCUCUCUAGCUUCUUUACAUUACAUGACUUUAAUGCAUUUAAUCCUCACGAGCACCUUGUAAAAUAGCAGCUAGGCUGGCUGAGUUCUCUGAUGGUCUGAUUCAUCUUUGUACUGUCACUGCGUUAGUAGUUGGCUCAACAAACGUUCAUGAAACAAGCAAGGUGUUGGACAAAAAGCAUGGAUGCUUAAGGCAGGUCUAGACUGGUGCUGCUCAACAAAAAUAAGGUAAUCCACAUUUGCAAUGUAAAAUUUCCUCAUAGCUACAUUAGGAAAGUAGAAGCAACACAUGAAGUUGUCAUAACAUUUUAUUUAUCCAAAUAUAUCAAAAAUAUUAUGUUUAACAUGUGAUUCAUAUAAAGUUAAUGAGAUAUUUUACAUUCUUUUUCUCAUUCUCAGUCCUCAAAAUCUAGUGUGUGUAUUUCACACUUAUAUCACAUCUCAAUUCGGACUAGCCACUUUCCAAUAAAGCUCAGCAGGCCCCGCGGGGUGGCUCACGCCUGUAAUUCCAGUGCUCUGGGAGGCUGAGGCCAGGUGGAUCGCUUGAGGAGUUCGAGACCAGCCUGGGCAACAUGAGGAGCCCCCGUUUCUACAAAGCAAAACAAAAACCAAAAAAAUUAGUGAUGCGAACCUUCGGUCUCAGCUACUCAGGAGGCUGAGGUGGGAGGAUCGCUUGAGCCCAGGAGUUCCAGGCUGCAGAGAACUACGACAGCGCCACUGCACUCCAGCCUGGGCGAUAACGUGAGGCCUUGUCUCCAAAAAUAAAAAUACAACAACAACAAAAAAUCCCAGAAGUGCUCAGCAGCCACAUGUGGCUAGUGGCCACCUCCCGCGAAGCAGCCCGGCCACUCACCUCCUACCACCUUUUACCUAUUUCGCCUUCUCCGCAGGCCUCCCUAGCACUACCAGUUGUCUUGUUGGCGAGUCCUUUGUGACUCCCACUAUACAAGCCCCUCAAGGCCAGGCCUCGCCCUGAACGGUGCCUGGGCGGAGCAGACGCUCCAUCAACGCUGUCCCCGCCUGAGUCCGCGUCCAGGGGAUCUGCAGGCGCCGUACCCCGCUUCCACGCGCCGGGGCCGCCCCUCGCCCGGCGUCCCGCAGGCCCACCCCUCGCCAGGCCCAGGCCCAUCCCCGGGAUGUUCGCUGGAAAUCGUGGACGUGACUGGGAGGAGCCUGCCCGCCCCGGCUCGCUGCGCCGCGCGCACAGGGCCCGCGCCAGCGACCAUGGCGGAGCCCACAGUGUGCUCCUUCCUCACCAAGGUGCUGUGCGCCCACGGCGGCCGCAUGUUCCUGAAGGACCUGCGCGGCCACGUGGAGCUGUCGGAGGCCAGGCUCCGGGACGUGCUGCAGCGCGCCGGGCCCGAGCGUUUCCUGCUGCAGGAGGUGGAGACGCAGGAGGGCCUCGGGGACGCGGAGGCCGAGGCGGCGGCCGGCGCGGUGGGCGGUGGCGGCACCUCCGCCUGGAGGGUGGUGGCCGUGUCCUCUGUGCGCCUCUGCGCCCGCUACCAGCGCGGCGAGUGCCAGGCCUGCGACCAGCUGCACUUCUGCCGCCGGCACAUGCUGGGCAAGUGCCCCAACCGGGACUGCUGGUCUACCUGUACCCUUUCCCAUGAUAUCCACACACCUGUCAACAUGCAGGUCCUGAAAAGCCAUGGACUUUUUGGUCUCAAUGAAAACCAGCUUCGGAUCCUGCUUUUGCAGAAUGACCCCUGUCUUUUACCAGAGGUCUGUUUGCUCUACAACAAAGGGGAAGCCCUCUAUGGCUACUGCAACCUCAAGGAUAAAUGCAACAAGUUUCAUGUGUGCAAAUCCUUUGUGAAAGGAGAAUGCAAACUUCAGACCUGCAAACGGUCCCAUCAGCUUAUCCAUGCUGCAUCUUUGAAGCUGCUACAGGACCAAGGACUGAAUAUUCCAAGUGUUGUUAAUUUUCAGAUAAUCUCCACCUACAAGCAUAUGAAGCUGCACAAGAUGCUUGAAAAUACAGAUAAUUCAUCACCUUUGACUGAGCAUUCACAAGGCCUUGAGAAGCAAGGAGUGCACGCAGCUGGAGCUGCAGAAGCUGGUCCUUUGGCUUCUGUCCCUGCUCAGUCGGCCAAGAAGCCCUUCCCAGGUAAACCUUAAAGGGGGUCAGUGAACUAAGAAGAAGCUUGUCCAGCUUGGAAGAUCUGAAAACAAGCCUUCUGUUUAGCUUUAAUUUGUAACCAUUCAUUCAUUUAAUGAUAGAUUUGUAAUGGUCAUAAUAAUAUCUACCUCACAGUGUCUUGUGAGAAGUAAAGAAGAUGGAAAAGGAGAAAAUGUCCUUUUGGAAGAAUACAUUUGGGCAUGGGUGGUUGGGGAUGGGGUGGGACAUUGAACAGGCAAAGAGAGGCUAAAAUUGAGUGCAGAUGGGGCUAGUCCAGGGCAAGUGCUGAAGAUGGCAGCUGCUAUCUGCAGCUCCUAGGUGCUUUCCUCAGGCUGGGUAGAUGGAGCUCUGCUGACUUCUGUGCUCCACCAUUGUUUUUCUAUCAAUUUAUAUUGUGGCAAUCCUAGAGUACUUUGCACUCAUUUUUUUUUCCACCUAAUAUUGUCUCAUAAGCAUCUUUCUAUAUUUGUUCACAUCGUACAUAAUCAUGUUUUUGCACAGAUACAUUAAUAUAUCAUAGUUUGUUUAACUACUUGCCUUUUUCUAACAAUUUUUUUUUUGAGAUGGUCUUGCUCUGUUGCCCAGGCUGGAGUGCAGUGACGUGAUCUCGGCUCACUGCAGCCUUGACUUCCUGGGCUCAAGUGAUCAUCCCACCUCAGCCUCCUGAGUAGCUGGGACUACAGGUAUGCACCACGACCAGCUAAUUUUUUGUAUUUUUUUUUUAUAGAGAGGGUAUUUUGCCAUGUUGCCCAGGCUAGUCUUGAACUCCUGGGCUCAAGCGAUCUGCCUGCUUCAGCCUCCCAGAGUGCUAGGAUUACAGGCAUGAGCCACUGCACCCAGCCUCUAACAAAUUUUGAAUAUAACUCCUGUCUUAAAAUCUGCAUAAUAUUGAAUUUUUCCAGCUAUUUUUUACUUUUGCUUAGCUUAUAGAUGCUAAAGGAUACUGUCAUUUGCAUUUUUAAAAAUAUAUGUAUGAGUGAGUAGUUUUCUGGUGUCUGCUUUCUGAUUGUUCUUAUUUUUUCAUUUUAUAUUUGGCCUUUUAUUAAUGGGGCCCUCAUCUAUGCUGAUGUGGGACAGCCUUUAACGAGGCCUCAAAUUUUCAUGAAAGGACCUCAGCAAUACUGUGCUUGGAUGAUAUUCAAUUUUUGUAGAUCCAUCCUCAGCCAAUAGUACAGAGUAUAUAACCUUUGGGUUCUCUCCAGAGACUUCUACCUCACUCUGUCUACUCUUUUUUUUUUUUGGAGACGGAGUUUCACUCUCGUUGACCAGGCCGGAGUGCAAUGGCGCGAUCUCAGCUCACCAUAACCUCCGCCUCCUGGGUUCAAGUGAUUCUCCUGCCUCAGCCUCCCAAGUAGCUGAGAUUACAGGCAUGAGCCACCGCGCCCAGUUAAUUAUGUAUUUUUAGUAGAGACGGGGUUUCACCAUGUUGCCCAGGCUGGUCUCGAACUCCUGACCUCAGGUGAUCUGCCUGCCUCGGCCUCCCAAACUGCUGGGAUUACAGAUGUGAGACUCUGUCUGCUCUUCAUCUCUUGCUGAGCUUUUACCAAAACCCAGUCACAAUAGUUUGAAGGAUGAGCAGUAUAUCCACUCCUUUAAAUUGUAUCCAUUCUUCCUGUGGCUCAGGAUGGACCAUCAGAAGUCUGUAUACCUCACCCACUUCAUGUUCUCUUUCCCCUUUCUCCCUUCUCCCUUCCUCCCUGCUCUCCACCUACCCAGCUGUGUUCAUUGAGUUAUAUUUCAAUAUUUUGUGGUUUAUUUUCAUCAAGGGGUACCACAAGAAGCAGCUUUAUGCAAUUAAUUUUUUUGUUCUGUUUAUUGUAGUCAUCCUCAAAUGUCACUGUGUAAAGUGUUGUUGUUUUUUUUAAAUUCAACUGUCCUGCAGUAACAUAACAUUUGAGAAACAGAGACAAUGUAAUAAGUUCAUAAAGCUAAAUUAAUGUAGAGAAAUUUUUAUCAUGAAAUGCUAUAUUUUCAAUUGAGGGAAAAAGCAAAAAUGUCCUUUUUAAAGUGAGAAAUGGCUGUGUUUUCUCCUAAUGGAUAAUAAGAGUCAUGCCACUUGUGUUGAGCUUUUUACUUUCAUUGUCAACGAUAUUUCUGAAAGCCCUUAUGCUCUGCAUAUUUUGUUUCUUUUUUUCUAGUCCAGAUUUCUCCUGGUGAUAAUUAAAAAAAAUUUUUACAUUUAAUUAUUACUAUUAUUUACACUUACCAUUUUACUAUGUAUAUUUUUGUAGUAAGCUAUCUUAAAUCCUUAAUGGAAACAGUGUAGGGUAUAAAUGCAUUUCCUUUACAUUGAGAGACUUGCUGGACCUUUACUUGUUUAUGUUCUGUUUUUAUAUCUUAUCAUUAUGCUUUUAUAUGUGAUGUUAUUGGUCCUCUGUCAUCUUUGUUGCAGUAUUUUAUUCAAUUCUAUAAUAGUCUACUUUAAUCUUAGUUUUGUUGGUAUUCAUUCUGUAAAAUAUUUUAUAUAACCAUGCCUAUCUUUCUCUGAUUUUCACUCAUGAUUAAGCUGUUAGAAAGUUAUCGCAUUAUAGUUGGAAAAGAGUUUUCUUUGGUAAUUUAUCCGGGUUUUUGAUGUCAAGUCGCAUGUCUAUAGACUCUACAAAUUCAACGUAUUCUAAAUUGAAUUAUGAAUUUUCCUUUAGUCUUGUUCCUGCUUUUAUUUCCUUAUUUUUGAAUGUCACCACUAUCUACCUAAUGACAUAGACAAAAAGCUGUAAAUUGUCCUAUGCUUUUUUUUUCUCCUUGUUCCCUUGUCAAAUUGGUUACCCAGUGUUGGAGAGUUUCUUCCCCUCAAAAACCUUUCAAAUAUUUAUCCUUCUCUGCCCCUUUCUUUCCACCCUGUACAUACUGCCUUGUUUCAAACCCUCAUCACCUUCCUGCAUAUAUCCUACAGAUGCAUAAACUCCAUGGUUUUCAACUCAUCUGUUAUGGGAGUUUUUGGUAAAAGGUGCCCUGUUCCCACUGCAGUGAUGGUAGCCCUGUUUUAAUCUUUAAUAGAAUAAGCUUUUGUGGAUUUCACUGGUCUCCUUACCACUCUUCACUUCUCCUGCCUUCCAUCUGGCUGCCUGACAUUUUGAAAGCAAACCUAAUCAUACGGCUUUUUUCCUGCUGAAACCUUCCUUGGUCCUCAUCAUGUAGGGUGGUAUUUGUAAACUCAGACGCCUGCAGGGACUAGAAAGGUGAGUUAAAUGGAUGAAGUGAACUGGAUGCAAGAGAAGUGGGAGAAGAGAGAAGUGCUGUGGCAAACUGUCCCAUCUAAAAGGGACGCCUGCCUCUUGUAUCCACGUGGGAAUGUGGGCCCACUUUGUCAUAGUGCCCAGGUUUUUAAAAAGAAGCCAGAAAUUCAGAUUGUUAUGAGAAAUGUUCUGAUUGAAUAUUGACUUUAGUCGAGUUUUUAAAAUGCAGACCAACAUUGUAUGUACUUGACCUACUUGGAAUUUCUGGAAAGUGCUAUUUUGUCUUGUGAUUCUCUGUAAAUGAUAUUCCCUGGUUUUUUGUUUUUUUUUUUUUUUCUUUUUUCCUUUGAGAUGGAGUCUCUGUCGCCCAGGCUGGAGUGCAGUGGCAUGAUCUCAGCUCACUGCAACCUCCGUCUCCCAGGUUCAAGUGAUUCUCCUGCCUCAGCCUCCCGAGUAGCUGGGAUUAUAGGCAUGCACCACCAUGCCUGGCUAAUUUUUGUAUUUUUAGUAGAGAUGGGGUUUCACCAUGUUGGCCAGGCUGGUCUUGAACUCCUCACCUCAAGUGAUCCACCCACUUCGCCCUCCCAAAGUGCUUGUAUUAUAGGCGUGAGCCACUGCAUUCAGCCUGAUGUUCCCUCUUUUAUAAGUGCCAUUCCUUCUUCCUUCUUCCUACCUCACAACCUAGCAAAAUUGGAUUCUUCAAAAUGCCAGGUUGGCCUUUCUUGACUCCAAAAGAGGUGACUCUUGUAGCAUUCUUACAGGCCUAACAUAGCACUUACUUUAUGUUGCAAUGCUGUGUGUUUUUACUCGCUAGCUCUGAGCAAAACAUUAUUUAUUCUUGGUAAUUGUAACACUUGGUAGUGAAGAUAUAUUUUUUGCCAUAUAAUGGAUUAUACUUUGUAUUUGAAUCCAUGUGAAUCAGUAGCAUAUUGGUCUUCAUUAUGGUUUUUCCUCCUUCUCCGACGUUUUUUUGAGACAGGGUCUCACUCUGUUGCCCAGGCUGGAGUGCAGGGCACAAUUACAGCUCCCUGCAGCCUUGAUUUCUCAGGCUCAAGCCAUCCUCUUGCCUCAGCUUCCCUAGUAGCUGGGACUAUAGGUGCAUGCCACCAUACUCAGCUAAUUUUUUUAGGUUUUUAGUAGAGACAAGGUCCCACUAUGUUGCCCAGGCUGGUCUUGAACUCCUAAGCUCAAGCAGUCCUCCCGCCUUGGCCUCUGAAUGUGCUGGGAUUACAGGCAUGAGCCACUAUGCCUAACCAUAUUUUUUCCAAUAUUAAAAAAUCUUUUUUCCCCCUAAGGAAUGUGUUAUAUAAGGUCAACAUGUUUUUAGUGCUUCAAUUUGACUUGUCUACAUCUAAAGUUAACUCUUUAAGGCUUACAUUUAUGAUAAUAAUUCUUUCCAUCGAGGGAUUUAGUCUCCAUUAUUGUCAUGUUUCUUGAUUUUUUUCAUUAUACUUGGUUCUUCUUUUUGUCUAGGUUUUAUAUAUACCUUAAUUAAUUCUUUCUUGGCUGUUUUAUAUCUAUGUUGCUGUCAGCAUGGGAAUCUCUUAUUAUUAGAAAGCUAUUAACUUUUAAAAUAUGUAUCUUUUGGUGAUUUUCUUUGUUCUAACAGUUUUAGAUGGCCUGUUUGCUUUUUCUAAAUAUAAAAUCAUAGGUAUUUCUAUUUUGUUUUUGUGUUUCAUAAAAUUGUAAUAAGUUUUUUUGAUAUUUUUUCAUUACAUAUGAAGUUAAUUGUUGGUUUUAAACAAAUGUUCUUUGUUAGGAUAACAGAAAUAACAUCUUCUAUUCUUGUUUGUUGGAAGCUAAAAGCUUGAUAAAAGGAAUUGGUAUCUUUUGAUACAAUCAAAUUUUUAUCACUUAAAUUGCCUAAUAUGAUUACAAUAAGGGUUUUUGUAAUAUUAAAACAUCCUUAAAUUCCUGAGAUAAAACUCUACCUGGUUAUAGUAUAUGUUCUUUUAAUGUAUUCUUUCCUAUUUGCUGUACAUCUAUACAUUCAUAAAUAAAAUUCAUUUAUAUUUUA